AGAAGCGGCAAAUACAUUUCAAUACAGUACAGUACAACCAAGUCGAGUAAGAGUCAGAGUCCUGUCGAGCCGAGUCUGAGCGACUUCAUACCGGUAGAUCUUCAUUUGGCUGUAUCCUUUCCUAUUUCCUACCGGUAUCCUACGAAGGAUCUCUGUUUUCAUAGUAUACUGCACGUUUGUUGGAGAGAUGGCAUUCAGAGGGCGAGGAAGGGCGGCUCCAGCCGGCUAUGUGCCAGGCCUUGGCCGUGGGGCUGCCGGUUUCACAACCCGCUCCGAUGUUGGCCCCAUGGCUGCUCCUGGAAGUGUCGAUGAUGCUGCCGAUGCAUCGGGAAGUGGAAGCCGAUCUUCAGAGCUGCGAGCGGCAAAGAUGGCCAUGAGGCAGCAACAGCAAAAGCAACAGCAGGGUAUGUUUGGAGCUGCUCCUCAGGGAUACGUCCCAGGUGCUGGGCGUGGAGCUAAUAUGGGAAAAGCGGACAACGAAGGUGGUCCAACUGGAUCCUACGACUCCUUUGGAGGGUACAAUAACGACAGACCCGUUGAUGAAUCACAGUAUGAUGAUGACGAUGACGAAGCCGACAAAAUUUGGGCUGCUAUUGAUGAACGAAUGGCUAGCAAACGGAAACGGAAGGGUGCCAAUUCAGCAGCUCAAGACGAAGAAGACGAACAAAAGUCAUCCAGAUCCAAAAUUGGAGUGCAAUUCCGAGAGCUAAAAGAGAAAUUAGCAGACGUUACAGAGGAUCAGUGGGCAAACAUUCCCGAAGUGGGUGACUACUCUUUGAAGUUCAAGCAAAAACAACGGCAAGAAGUGUACACUCCCGUCUCGGAUUCUCUGUUGGAGCAACGCACCAAUGCCAACCUAGAUGCUACAGCCGGGACCACAGGGACUGGAAUUGCGGCCACAACCUCUGCAUUCGAAUCGGGGACUGUUACAAAUAUGUCAGGGGUUGGUGCCGCAAGAGGCAAAGUUCUAGGUAUGUCACUGGACAGCAUGAGCGAUUCCAUAUCGGGACAAACAGUGGUGGAUCCACAAGGUUACUUGACAAGUCUCUCGAGUACCAAAAUUGCCACCAAUGCUGAAGUUAGCGAUAUCAACAAAGCACGCCUCUUGCUCAAAUCUGUCCGAGAUACAAAUCCAAAGCACGCCCCCGGCUGGAUCGCUUCGGCCCGUGUUGAGGAAGCUGCUGGAAAGAUCCUGCAGGCCCGAAAAAUCAUCCAAGAAGGCUGCAAUGUUUGUUCGGACAGCGAAGAUGUGUGGCUCGAAGCAGCGCGGCUUCACCCGCAAGAAGUAGCCAAGAGUAUCUUGGCAACAGCAGUUCGUAAGAUACCAACAUCUGUCAAGAUAUUUCUUAAAGCUGCUGAUUUGGAACCCAAUGAUGCUGCCAAGAAAGCAGUGCUGCGAAAGGCGCUCGAAGCUAACCCGUCAUCCGUUACCCUCUGGAAGGCAGCUAUCGAUUUGGAAGAUGCAGAUGAUGCCCGUGUUCUAUUAUCUGUUGCAGUCGAAAAGAUUCCUCAUUCCGUGGACAUGUGGUUGGCGCUGGCUCGACUGGAAACGUAUGAGAAGGCCCAAAAAGUUUUGAAUCGGGCACGAAAGGCUUUGCCCACGGAGCGGACAAUUUGGCUUGCUGCUGCGAAAUUGGAAGAGUCUCAAAACCACAACCAGGUCGUCGAGAAGAUUGUAGAGAGGGCCGUCAAAUCUCUUCAGAAGCAUGAUGCUGUGGUGACACGUGCCCAAUGGCUGCAUGAGGCAGAAACCGCGGAAGCUGCCGGAGCCCCCUUAACGAGCGCAGCAAUCGUCAAAUUCACUGUGGGGUACGGAGUGGAACAAGAAGAUAGGCAACGGACUUGGGCAGACGAUGCAACAGGGGCUCUGGCGAGGGGGAGUGUGGCCACUGCCCGAGCGAUUCUCACGCACAGUCUUGCGGCGUUCCCGACGAAACGGAGCCUCUGGAUGCAGGCGGUUGACAUGGAACGUAAGCAUGGAACGCCAGAGACUUUGGACGAGACGUUGGCUGCGGCAAGCAAGCGAUUGCCUCGAGUUGAAAUAUUCUGGCUGGUUCGUGCUAAAGAACAAUGGCUUGCUGGUAAUGUGGGAAAAGCCAGAGAUAUCCUAACUGAGGCCUUCGCAGCAAAUCCUGAUUCAGAGGCUGUCUGGUUGGCUGCUGCGAAGCUCGAGUGGGAAACCGGAGAGAUUGAACGCGCAAGAGUCCUGUUGCAACGUGCGCGAGAACGGGCACCCACUGACCGUGUCUACAUGAAGUCAGCUUUGCUAGAAAGGGAGCAGAAGAACUUCAAGGAAGCCUUGUCGCUCUUAGAAGAAGGGAUUUCCAACUAUAAGUCUUUCCCAAAGCUUUACAUGAUGGGAGGUCAAAUAUGUUCAGAGGAUUUGGCGAAGGAAAAGUCGAACUUGGACAAAGCAAGGAAAUUCUAUCAGCGUGGCCUACAGGAAUGCCCACAAAACGUUAUUCUUUGGGCGCUGGCUAGUCGCUUGGAAGAGAAGGCGCAUACGUUCGACGCCACCGGCACGGUCAAGCCAGGUCUGGGAGUGACCAAGGCACGGGGCUUGCUUGAGAUUGCCCGUUUGAAGAACAACAAGAAUCCUCUGCUAUGGCUGGAAUCAAUUCGCUUAGAGCGACGAGCCAACAAUGAUAAACUGGCAGACUCUCUUACUGCUCGAGCUUUGCAAGAAUGUCCGAACUCAGGAUUGCUCCUUGCCGAGAACAUCGCUUCGGCUCCCCGUGCUGCGAAGAAAUCCAAGUCCGCUGAUGCAAUCAAGCGACUCCCAGAGGAUCCUCUGGUAAUAGCGGCCGUUGCCACUUUGUUCGCUUCUGACAGGAAGAACGAGAAGGCGCGAAAGUGGUUCGACAGAGCAGUGAUCUUGGACCCGGACAUUGGAGACUCGUGGGCUCGCUUCUAUGCGUUCGAGCUGGAGGUUGGUACCAAGGAGCAACAAGACAAAGUAAAAGAACGAUGUGUCAAGGCAGACCCCAAGCACGGUGAAUUGUGGACGAAUCUAAGUAAAGAUAUGGCAAACCGUCACAAGCCCAUGGCUGAGCUCUUGGAACUCGUGGCACGGAAGCUGUUGUCUGCCAAGAACGGAGACGCGUAAACUAGGAGAGCAACUCUGUGCUUUGUCGGUUGUGUUAUUGCACUGAGAGUUAUCAUCACGCGCAGCAAUCUCGAGAACCCAACGAUAUUCUCACGAGUUGCAGUGUUCGUCACGUUUCCACUAGCUACUAGUUAAGUUAGUUGUC